AUGGCUCGGCCACGGCGCCGUGCGCAGCCAAGCCCUGAGCACCACCCUUUGGAAUCAGAAAGAACAGAUGCCCCAGCGCCCCAAACCCCCGCCGGACAGCGACAUCGAGGAGUCCUACCUCAAAGGCAGCGGGCCCGGCGGCCAAAAGAUCGUACGGUCCCCCAACCUCAAGAAAACUACCCCCACCACCAUGCAUCCGCUGACGAAACCCCUCCCCCCUUGUUGCAGAACAAGACGAACUCCGCAGUCCAGCUCAAGCACAUACCGACCGGCAUCGUCAUCAAGUCCCAGGCCACGCGCUCGCGCUCUCAGAAUCGGAAGAUUGCCCGCCAACUCCUCGCCGAGAGGCUCGACGACCUAGAGAACGGCGAUCAGAGCCGCAAUGCCAUUGUCGCUGAAGCGAAGCGCAAGAAAGCGGCGAGUGCAGCCAAGAAGAGCAAGAGAAAGUACAGGAAGCUUGAGGAUGCUGGGCGGCACGACGGCCAGCCUGGCGACGACAUCACGGCGACAGUGGCACCAGAGACUGACACGGGCCGAGUUCAGGUGCCAACAAACCUCGAAAAGACCAACCCUACAGAUGGGAAACCAAGCAUUAUAAACCCAAUAUGA